AUGUCUUAUCGAGAACCUGUUGAACACCUCAGUAUCCGGCUUGAAGAUAUAAAAUUAGCCACCAAAAACUUUGAUGAAAAAAACUUCAUCAGUGGAGGUGGAUUCGGGAGAGUUUACAAAGGCGAACUUGUCCACUCUGGACGGCGGGUUAUGGUUGCUGUGAAGCGCCUAGACCGAACUGGUGGUCAAGGAGAGGCUCAAUUUUGGAAUGAGAUCUCAAUUCUUUCCGAUUAUAAACACGAAAACAUAAUCAAAUUGUUGGGUUUUUCAGACGAGGGUGAUGAGAAACUGCUUGUGUACGAGUAUCUACCCAUGCAAAGCCUCAACAUGCAUCUUAGUAGCGGUAAACUUUCAUGGGUUGACCGCCUCAACGUAUGCAUUGGGGUCGCUCGUGGUCUUAAGCAUCUUCACACUCACACACCUAGUGUGACCAAACAAUUCGUGUUACAUAGCGAUAUCAAAAGUUACAAUAUAUUACUUGAUACAAAAUGGAAUGCCAAAAUAUCAGAUUUUGGUCUUUCCCGUGUUGUACCAGUCGUUGUCGAACACAAUGCUACAUCAUUUCAUUUCAAUACUGUGGAAGGCACGAAAGGUUAUUGUGAUCCAGCUUAUAUUAAUUCAGGGUGCUUGACGAAAGAAAACGACGUCUACUCCUUUGGAGUAUUGCUCUUUGAGAUGUUCCUGACAAUUCUUAUAAUUCCACGUUCGACAGAUGGGAUACAGUACCUGGAAGGAGGGGAAGAUGAAUUUUCAGGCACUAUCACCUCUACUGAAAAACAACCAUUACUACAACAGCAAACUUGCUCGUUUUUCGAGGAAGGUGGGGACGCUAAUGGAAGGUGGAAUUAA